UUCUCAGUAUCGGCGUUGAGUGGUGUUCGUUAGUAUUCGAACUCCCUCCACUCACUCAUAUCCCAACCGCCAGCGCACCGCUGCAACCACCGCAAUGCCACUCUCUCUCCCCACUUCUCCUCCCACUCCGGCUCCUCGCAAUCUCCACAUCUUUUCCUCAGCUUCAUCAUCACACUUCACCACCACUAGAUUCCUCUCGAACAAAAGGCUUAGAACAACAAUCAGUAUUGUUGCCAAGGCUUCCGAAGAAGGAGAUGGCAAGCCGGCGUUCAAUCCGUUCGGAUUUGUAACUGAUAAUCCCUCAAGUCGAAGUGCCAUUCAGCUUCCUGAGUCCCCUGCUGAGGAUGGAAAUGUUGGUCAAAUGCUAUAUAGAAUAGAAGACAAGGGAAAAGAGUAUGGCUCUUAUAUUAAAGCUGGAGGGUUUAGAUGGUUUGUAAGAGAAACAGGAUCGACUGAGAGCCGACGUGGAACGAUUGUCUUUCUCCAUGGUGCUCCAACGCAGUCCUACAGUUAUCGAGUUGUUAUGUCUCAGAUGGCCGAUGCUGGGUUCCACUGUUUUGCUCCUGAUUGGAUAGGAUUUGGGUUUAGUGACAAGCCACAGGCUGGAUAUGGAUUUGACUACACCGAGAAAGAGUUUCAUGAAGCUCUUGACAAAUUACUGGAUGUCUUAGGCGUUGCUUCUCCUUUCUUCCUAGUAGUUCAGGGAUUUCUUGUAGGAUCAUAUGGAUUAACUUGGGCGUUGAAUAACCCGAGCAGAAUUUCAAAGCUUGGAAUUAUGAACACCCAAUUGACAGUCUCAUCUCCCCUCCCUGGACUAUUUAAUAAUCUCAGGAUUCCGUUUCUUGGUGAGUUCACUUGCCAGAAUGCAAUUAUGGCAGAGCGUUUUAUUGAAGCAGGUAGCCCCUAUGUCCUGAAACUGGAAAAGGCAGAUGUAUAUCGAUUACCAUAUUUGUCAGGCAGUGGACCAGGAUUUGCUCUGCUUGAGGCUACAAAAAAAGCUAACUUCAAUGAUAUUAAAAGUCGAAUCUCAGCUGGGUUUGCAACUGGAAGCUGGGAUAAGCCAAUAUUAGUUGCUUGGGGAAUAUCAGACAAGUAUCUUCCCCAAUCCGUGGCAGAAGAAUUUCAAAAAGGGAAUCCCAAUUUGGUAAAGCUCAAGCUGAUUGAAGGCGCCGGUCAUAUGCCUCAGGAGGACUGGCCGGAGAAAGUAGUCGACGCCAUGAGAUAUUUUUUCUGAUGCACAAAAUGGAUAUAUACAUUGAUGAUCAGCUCAAAGGCUAAUCUUUUUGAAGGUAGAUUCUGAGCUUUGAGUACAAUUGUAUAUGUAUGUUAUCGUUAUAAUUCUGAAAAUGCAAGAAGGAAGCGACAUUUUUCAAAAGAUAAAUGAAAUUUUACUAGUCCAAGGAAACUGGUUUUGAAACAUUCAAGUUUGUGACACUUGAAUAUUUGUAUGUUCGUCAUACCAUGUUGAAUUUAUCUCAUCCACAAAUUUAAAUUGUGACA